GCAAAGUUACAGUGUGUGUGUGUGCGCAUGUGUGUGUGUGUUGGGUGUGAAAGAGAGCGCAGAGAGAUAGAGUGCAUGUGUGUGUUGCUCACUUCAUCUGCAUGUGCACACAGAACAUAUGUGACAGCCCUCUUGCAAGAGCACACGAAGCAUUUUCAGAAUGGACUUCUUCCACUUCAACUGGAAUUUUUGGCAUUUCUUCCGUUGAUUUUUUUUUUUUUUUUUUAAACAAGAGGAUUCACCUAUGUGGGAAUUCAUCCAGGGACAAAUCACUCACUUUGCUUGGAGCUCGACUCACAUGCCCACCACCGUGUGGGCGGCGGGCCUACCUGGAUUAUCCCGAGCGUUCCUGUUCGUGGGACCCGCUCACAGCAAACUUGGCUGAGAGACCGAAUCAAGCGAGAUGUAUCUGUACAAAGCAACAUGCCCGGAUAUCCCCAACCCCAAGCAGAAGGCGUCCAGGAGGCAGAGCUCGGUCCAGACCCAGAGCCUCGCUCAGGGGAGGCUGGCGGGUCAGACGUGUGCGGUAUCGGGCCCCCGAGCACGAGUGCCUCUCAUGCUGUGGUGCGCCAACAAACCGCACGACGCCAGAGACCUCAAACAGUUGGAGGAGUUUCUUAACUUCCACACGCUGUCGCUGCACGACUCCAUCAAGAGCCAGACCGGCAUGGUGUACAGGAACCUUGGAAAGUCAGGACUGCGGGUAUCUUGCCUAGGACUCGGUACAUGGGUGACUUUUGGGGGUCAGAUAACAGAUGAGGUUGCAGAGCAGCUGAUGACUAUUGCCUACGAAAGCGGGAUCAAUCUGUUCGAUACGGCUGAAGUCUAUGCUGGCGGCAGGGCUGAAGUGAUUCUUGGAACCAUUAUCAAGAAGAAAUGCUGGAGGAGAUCCAGCUUGGUCAUCACCACCAAACUUUACUGGGGAGGAAAAGCAGAGACAGAGAGAGGCUUGUCUCGAAAGCACAUUAUUGAAGGUCUGAAGGGCUCGCUUCAGAGGAUGCAGUUGGAGUACGUCGAUGUCGUUUUUGCCAACCGUCCUGACAGCAACACCCCGAUGGAAGAGAUCGUCCGGGCCAUGACUUAUGUGAUCAACCAAGGGAUGGCAAUGUACUGGGGAACAUCUCGGUGGACAGCGAUGGAGAUCAUGGAGGCGUACUCGGUGGCAAGACAGUUUAAUUUGAUCCCGCCAGUGUGUGAGCAGGCGGAGUACCAUCUCUUCCAGAGGGAGAAAGUGGAAGUGCAACUGCCCGAGCUUUAUCACAAGAUAGGAAAGGAGUCUUUGCUGUCAUCCUGGGUCGGAGCGAUGACUUGGUCACCGCUGGCGUGCGGCAUCAUCACAGGGAAAUAUGAGAAUGGCAUUCCUGAAUCUUCCAGGGCUUCCAUGAAGUCGUAUCAAUGGCUUCGAGAAAAAAUCGUGAGUGAAGAUGGACGAAAGCAGCAAGGCAAGCUGAAAGACCUCAACCACAUUGCGGAGAAGCUGGGCUGCACGCUACCUCAACUGGCUGUGGCGUGGUGUUUAAGGAACGAAGGUGUGAGUUCAGUCCUGUUAGGGACAUCCAAUCCCGAGCAGCUCACGGAGAACCUCGGGGCCAUCCAGGUUCUUCCCAAGAUGACGUCUCAUGUGGUGUCUGAAAUCGACCACAUUCUGGGCAACAGGCCGUACAGUAAGAAGGACUACCGCUCAUAGACUUUACUGGUAGGACCCCCCCGGCCCCCACGUCAAGGCUGCGACAGACUUGUCAUACCGCCUACCAUGGACCUGCUGUGGCCUGCUUCAGACUGGAACAAACCCCGCAUUGCAUGACCUGGACUGUCUGAGCCGCCCUGCUCGAUUCCACAAGGCUAACAUCGGGUGCCUCUCCUUGACGCUUCUAGUUUAGCUUAGUCAGCGUGGCCCUGUUUAGUAUCCGUCUGGAAACAUGCUGCAGCCUGUUAAGUACAGUAUGUCUGGAGUCGGGGUGGGUAAACCUUUGUGCUGAAGGGCCACAUUAGAUUUUUUUUUUUAGGCCUGCCGUAAACAAAGCAACGCUGCCGUUUGUGACAGAUCUGGACAUCUGGGAAAAUUAUUAAUUACAUAAUAAUUACAGUCUGUGACUCACAGACGUACACCUGGCGAUUGACCUUGCCACUCUCUGUGUUCUUCCUGGGAUACGAGGUUUUUAGGCUAUACCUUUAUAUGGUACUGUCUUAUAUUUCAUGGAACUAUGAAUAACAUGAUGCAUUUAUAAGGGAAGAAACAGAUUGCUUUGGCGGCUGCAGCUAUCUUAUAUGGGUUCGAUUCCGGCACCGGUUUUUCUUUGUGGAGUUUGCAUGUUCUCCCCAUACCUGCCUGGAUUUUGUCCGGGUACUCGGAUUUCCUCCCACAUUCAGAAAACAAAACAGGCAGGUUAAUAGAACA